AUGGCGACCGCAAGCAGAGAAGCGGCCGCGAGGCCGAAUGGCCCCGGCAUAAUCUCUGAUUUCCCACGGAAGAACCUGAAAUGCCGGCAGCCGGGUCCGUCAGCGCCUCAAGCGUCGCGGCUCUCCCAGGGCUAUAAGGCCAAUGGGCUUCUGGCAUGCUCGCGAGAGCUGUCAACGUCGGAUUUUGGCACAAGCUGCGGCAGCUCGUUCCUUUUGGUUGUCCUCACCACGGCAACCGGGGUGUGCUUGUUCAUGCUCCGCCGCGGAGUGGGCAUGCAACUCUUCGAAGCGGCCAUGAAGGAACAGCUCGAUCCGGCGCAUGAAAGUUUCGCCGCCGUCAGCUCCGGUUUGAGCGGGGCACGCGAGGAGCAGGCCUGGCAACAGGAAUAG